AUGAUGCAAAGCUCAGCACUCACUACAGACGGAGCUGUCAAGGGGCUUCCAGAAAUUCUUGGUCUGCCAAUGCAACAGAUCCCCCGCUGCUCAGGAUGUAAUGAGCACAUACUAGAUAAAUUCAUACUGAAGGUCUUGGAUCGUCAUUGGCACAGCUCCUGUCUCAAGUGCUGUGAGUGUCAGGUACCGCUGGCUGAGCGCUGCUUCUCCCGGGCAGGGAACGUAUACUGCAAAGAUGACUUCUUCAAACGUUUUGGAACAAAGUGCACAGCCUGCCAGCAGGGGAUCCCUCCCACUCAAGUGGUACGGAAAGCUCAGGACUUUGUCUAUCACCUUCACUGUUUCUCCUGCAUCAUUUGUAGUCGACAGCUGGCGACAGGUGAUGAGUUCUACCUCAUGGAAGAUGGCCGGCUAGUGUGCAAAGAGGACUACGAGACAGCCAAACAGAACGAUGACUCUGAGGGUGGAGCUAAAAGACCGCGUACCACAAUAACAGCCAAACAACUGGAGACAUUAAAAAAUGCUUACAAGAACUCUCCAAAACCAGCAAGACAUGUGAGGGAACAGCUAUCCUCAGAGACCGGUCUGGAUAUGCGUGUAGUACAGGUUUGGUUUCAGAACCGACGUGCUAAAGAGAAACGCCUAAAGAAAGAUGCAGGACGCCAACGCUGGGGUCAGUUCUACAAGAGCAUGCGGAAAAAUCGAGCAGGAAAAACAGGGAAAGAGAGUUCUACGGAAGACUGCGGAGUGAGCGACAGUGAACUGAGCUACCGAGAUGAACAGAUCCUGUCUGAGCUUGGAUCAAGUGCUGGUAUUUACACUAAUGGAGGAGACCUGGUCAGCGUUCCAUUGGGCAAUGGAGGCUUCAGUUUGGAUGGGACAGGACAGUCCUACCAGGACCUUCAUGAUGGCAGUCCUUAUGACAUGCCUCAGUCUCCUUCUUCUAUAUCCUCCCUCCCGUCACAUGGGAUCCCUUACAGCAUGGACGGUGCUGCUGGGCUUUUGACCCAUCCUCCCCUACGAGCACUACCAGCUGCCCCCACCUCUGAUAUCUCUACAGGCAGCAGCAUGGGAUACCCGGACUUCCCCACCAGCCCAGGAUCCUGGCUGGAUGAGAUGGAACACCCCCCAUUUUAA